UUUUGAUAAAUGUACUAUUCCGGGCUGGUCCUGAGUCCAGGAAUCCUCUCCAAGCUCCCCAGUGGCCUCUGCCAUUUCUUAUUUUAUACAUGUGACAUUUGUACUAGUCAGGCUGAGCACUAGUCUGUUGGUGGAGUGAAUGCCAUCUGGGUGGGUUGGACCAAUAACAAAUAGACCCCAAAACUGAAUAAGUGCCCGGCAUUCCAUGUAAGGAUUGGCUAAACCUGUGAAUGAAAAUGGGCAUAUUUACAUGAUGAUACUGAGCCUGGGAGGUUUGGGUAACAGUUUCUGGUGAUUUGAGAAAUGUGUCGCUCUAUCCUGAAGGUGGGGAUGUUGUAUACAGUAUGUGUUGUAUUGCAGUGGCUAAAUGGAGAGAACUCGCUCAAAACCCCUACAAUCCUUCGGGCUUGAUCUCCUAUAUAUUUGCACCGGAGCAAUAAAUCACCUCUCCUGCUGGGCAGAACUCAGUAUAUGUUGCUUUAUGUGGAAUCUAUAGGCGAUACACUGAACCAGGAAAACCAGGACAACCAGAACCUGAAGAUCUUGAAGAGAUCACAGAAAGAAGAGAGAGAAAAAAAUACGAAGCAGCUGCCAAGCUCGAGCUUUGCAGGUGACCUAGUUCUGUGGAUAUAUUAUUUUUUUUAUUUUAUUUUAUUUCCCCCCCAAAAAAAUAACUGGACUUACAUUUGCGUAAGUGGUGCACCCUGCUAAGUCCCUGUAUCAAAGCUCCCAGGUGUUGCUGGAAAUGGAGGUCUCUCCAGCAGACCAGCCACGCUGCUUCAGUCAUCACCACCACCCGGCUUUUCUCAAUGGACAACAUCCUGAAUCACAUCACCCUGGGCUGAGUCAUUCAUACAUGGACCCUUCUCAGUACCCUCUGCCCGAAGAGGUGGAUGUACUCUUCAAUAUCGAUGGACAGGGAAACCACGUUCCUUCCUAUUAUGGCAACUCUGUACGAACAGUGCAGAGGUACCCAACUAACCACGGCCCGGUAUGCCGCCCCCCUCUUCUUCACCACUGGUUGGACCAUGGGAGCAAAGCUACAGGAGGUCACCCUGCAGCAUCACCUUGGAACCUUCCUCCCUUCUCCAAGACCCACAGUCCCCCCGGACCUCUUAAUGUCUACCCCCCAGCCUCCUCGUCAUCCCUGGUUACAGGACACUCCAGCCCCCACAUAUUCACCUUCCCCCCUACUCCACCCAAAGAUGUAUCUCCGGACCCCUCUAUUUCCACCACUGGAUCCAGCAUCUCUAACCGGCAGGAAGAGAAGGAAUGCAUAAAGUAUCAUGUGUCCCCCGAGUCCAUGAAACUGGAAUCCUCCCACCCCAGGGGACUGGGGGGAGUCUCGUCAUCUGCCCACCAUGCCAUCUCCAACUACCAGUCCUAUGUCCAAGAGUACAGUCCGGGCCUCUUCCCACCCAACAUCAUUGGUGGAUCGCCCACCAGCUUCCCCUGCAAGGCAAGGCCUAAACAACGCUCCAGCACAGAAGGCAGGGAGUGUGUAAACUGUGGGGCAACCUCAACCCCACUGUGGAGGCGAGAUGGCACCGGGCAUUAUCUGUGUAAUGCAUGCGGACUCUAUCACAAAAUGAAUGGCCAGAAUCGACCCCUCAUUAAACCUAAAAGAAGACUGUCCGCAGCUAGGAGAGCAGGUACAUCAUGUGCAAACUGUCAGACGACCACCACCACACUGUGGAGAAGAAACGCCAAUGGGGAUCCAGUGUGUAAUGCCUGUGGUCUAUACUACAAACUGCACAAUAUUAACAGACCCUUGACUAUGAAGAAGGAAGGAAUUCAGACCAGAAACCGAAAAAUGUCUAGCAAGUCAAAAAAGAGUAAAAAGAUUCUCGACAGUCUUGAGGACUACCAGAAGAGCAGCUCUUUCAGCCCUGCCGCCCUGUCCAGACACAUGUCUUCACUCAGCCACAUUUCACCUUUUAGUCACCCCAGCCACAUGCUGACCACCCCAACACCAAUGCACCCACCGUCCAGUCUCUCCUUUGGACCUCAUCAUCCAUCCAGUAUGGUCACUGCCAUGGGUUAGACUUUACUUCUUACAAUUUGCAUCCACUUAGGACUUCAUCUCUAUUUUGCAUUUUUUUGCUAACUGAUGAUUCCCUAACUAUGGAAAAUGUCAUUUAAAUGCUUACACAAUGUAGUGUUUGCGCCUUUUAAAGGAACUCACUAUGGCAUCUGCACAUUCCUGACCACCGAAUCUGGAUUCCAUUUGUGAAUAAGCCAUUUAAUCUACAACUCCCUGUUGAUAAGGGUUUCUAGUGCUGUGAACAAAAUGAUGAACAUUGCAAAAAACUCUUCUAUACUGUACAUUUUUGUAGACUUUUACUGCCAUUUGGCACCUGUAUGAAAAGCAUGAAGGACCACAAGAGUAUAUGGGAAAGUGGCGUUGGAACCUAAGACUUAAAAACAUUAAGGCUUUUUGGCUAACAACGUAAACAAACUACCAGUCUUGUUUUCCUCUAGCCGGCGGGAGUUGUUUGAUGCAUUAAAUUUGUAGACAAUUCAUACAUUCAGGCUACGGGCCUUUUUCAGGAUGUACUAUCAGUCCAGGGCAAUGAGCAUUAACAAACGGAUAUUGCCAAUACGGUGUUUCAGAUAGGCAUUCCUCAGGCCUCAAUGCAUUGUGAACAAGUUCCUGUAAUUGUUGUUUGUAUGUAUAUUUCAAAGACACCAAAAUAAAAAAAGAUGUAGAUUUAUUUCAUCAUAUUAUCCAGACCAAAAUAAAAAGAUGUAGAUUUAUUUCAUCAUAUUAUACAGACUGAAUGGUUGUAUAAAUGUAUUUACUGCUAGUGUAAAGAACUGCUUUUAAUGUUUUUCAUAUUUUUGUUUUCUGUCCUUAAAAAUAAAAAUAGAUAACAUUCUGUUGAAACAGGGUGGUUGUUAUCUGCUUGUUCUUAAGCUAUGACUAAAUGCUGACGCAGGGGUAGAUACUAGACCUGGGAUAAUACAACAAAUAAACAGCAGUAAUAUCUGCCUAUAUUUAAUAUAUUUUUGAUCUGCUCUGAAUGGCCAGAGCUUUCUGCAUACAAAGAUCUAUUGUGUCAGAGUUGUUGCAGUAGGAAGGACCUGUAAAAACUCUGACUAAUAGACUUUGCAAAUUCACUUAAUAAAUGUGGCUGGAUUCUGUCGAGAAGAUAGGCGAAAUGUAAUAGUGUCCUAGAUUGCCGGAGGUAUGGGAUGCCGGCUGAUAUCGGAUGUUUUUUUAAAGCGGCAGUCAUUUACUAGGCAAAACUAUGUCUAGUAAAUGACUGUCUCUUUAAAAAAACAUCAGAGAUCGGCUGGCAUACCGCACCUCCGGCAAUCUCGGACGCUAUUACAUCUCGCCUCAUGUGUUUAAACAGCAUUCUUAAAUGCUGUAUUUAAGUCAUAAGACAGCAAUUUCUUUUGAAUUGAAGGUUAUGAAUAAAGGGUUAGUUCUCCUUUUAUUACCAUGGCAAAUGUGGAUUGUAUUAUGUGAAAUCUUAUUUUAAAUAUUUCAUA